AUGGCGAUGGCGGGAGGCAUGGAGUUGAGGCUAGACGGAGUGGUCGUGAAAGUGCAACGAGCAGAGACGGCGGGAGAGAUGAGGGAGAUGAGCGCAGGCGCGAAGGAGCGAGCGGAGGAGUUGGAAGCGCAGGUGAAGAGGCAAGGCGAGGCCAUGGCAGCUCUGAAGCGAGAGGUGGACGAAAUGAGGCGCGCGAUGGCGAAGGGGGCGCUGGAGAUGAUGGGAGCGGCGGGGGGGAACCACGGCGCUGGCAGUGCCGCGGCAGGAAAGGCAGGAGAGGACGUGGACGGCCUUUCAGCGCAGCCGCCGCCGAAGGGCGAGGCGCUUAUGGCCCUGGUGGAGGCCAUGAUCGAGGCGAGGGACGCGGCGAGCGAGGCGAGGGCGGUGAUUAAGCAGCAGGCGGCGGAGAUAGCGGACGUGCGCGCGACAGCGGCGCACAUUGACGCGCGGAUGAACGACGUGGAGCUGGCGGUGGCGGAGUGGAAGGUCGCGCGGGAGACGACGCGAGAGGAACGCAGCGACGACAGCGAUGGUAGCUCGAAGGAGCAUGCAGAGGCGGAGGAACGCGAGGGGAAGAAGAGGAAGAGGGAGGUCAAAGGGGAUGAGCUGGCAGAACUCGGUGGUGCUGCGGACGACGAUGCAGCUUCUCAUGAUAAACAGCGGGGUGAAGCGUACAACUCGAAAUGGGAGGUUGAAUGUCAGGGGCUGAGGAAGUCGGUGGAGGCGGUAGAAAGCAGAGUAGCGAAUCUGGAGAAGACGAGUGGCGAGGAGAAGAGGAUAUGGGAGGCAAUGCUCACGCUGUGGGCGGCAACAGCACCAGAGCAGACUCGAAUGGACCUCAGCGGCAUCUCCUGCCUCACCGACGCUGCUCUCACCCGCCUCGCCUCGUUGCGCCACCUCACACUGGUCGACCUGGAUGACUCCUCCGGCUUCACAGCAGCAGGGAUGAGGAAGCUGUACUCCCUCACAGACCUGGAGCAUCUGGUAUUUGGGGGCACCAUUGCAACUGAUGCCUCUCUGGAAGGCAUUUCCCGCCUGAUGAACCUGCAAAUUCUCGUGCUGGACAACACAAAUAUCACAGACGCAGGAGUGGCUAGGCUGCAAGAGCUUGAGGGAGGAUGGGCUGCAGCAUCUGACUGCCCUCACUUCUCUCAAGUUAUUCACUUUGCCUCCACGUGUGACUGA